AAAAAAAAUAUUCACUCCUCAAAACUUCCAAACUGCCGGAAAUUUUGGAAGUUUUCCGGAAAGUUUGCUCAGAAAAGGAUAGUUUCGCGGCAAUUUUCAUCUCUAGUCGUCAAGAUCAUCUGGUAACUAUUUUAAAUCGACCUACUUUUUACAGAUUAAUUCUAUAUUUGCGGUCAACUCGCUGAAAAUGAACAAGCUGACAUUCAUUAUAAUCCUGACUUUGAUCGGGACAGCCUUUGCUAUUGAAAAUAGAUGCUAUUACGAGUUGGAUACGGGACCAUGCCGCAACCUGAAGUUCAGUUCGUCUACGGUGGCUGCGAGGGGAACGGCAACAACUUCGCAAAUGAGACGGAGUGUAUGGACGUCUGUGGUUACAAACCCCCAACCACAUCGACAUCCACCACCACAUCCACCUCCCCAUCCCCAUCCCAAUCCCCUUACGCAUUCGACAGUAAUACUGGAUCAUGUACAGAUUUAGCAUACGGUGGAUGCGGCGGCAACGACAACAACUUCAAAACAUUGGAAGAGUGCCGUAGCGCCUGUGAAAACUGAAUAGCAAACAUUACAUUAUUAUAAAAAUCCUUUGAUAUAAUGGGGUAAAAUUGUAACCCAUCAGUCAUAUCAUAAUGACUUACAGCUUUAUAUUUUGUUAAUCAUAUUUUAUUAUUUCCACAUUAAAUAUUAAGUUCGUUAAUUGAAUUAUUUCUGUAAGGCCUGAAUAUAGGUACUAUACAUAAUUUGUUUAUUCACUUUUAAACUGAGAAAGCACUUUUAGUACAGCAUCCAGAACCUCAUACGUCCAUCCAUAGUCGACUAGUGCUGUUAUAUAGAAACCGUGUAUGAAACCUUAGCUUUUUAAUAUGCCUAUUUGUAAUUGUUUUAUAAUUAAUACAGGGCAGAUUCCAGUAGAUUUAAUUUAAAAAAUCAUUUAAAGAUUAGAAAACAAGACUGCCAAAUUAGAUAGACAGUCCAGCUAGGUAGGUCCAACUUUGAGAAAGAAAUCUGUCGUCGAAUCCAAAGGCAGCAUUUGGAACCAACGAAAAAUCUUGGCGUCUGAUAACCUCCGUGUCCGUGUUGCCAUUUACAUCAGAAGGUUUAAGGUCACCCAGCGGGCAAUGAAGAGAGCAAUGCUUAGUGUUUCCCUACGUGAUCGAAUAAGAAACGAGGAUAUCCGUAUGAGAAUUAAUGUAGCCGACAUGCGGGACACAUAGCGAUAAAAACUGAUGGCCGUUGGAGAGGAAAAUUUCUCAAAUGGCGACGUCGUACCGGACGACGCUCAAUGGGCAGGCCUCCAACUAGGUGGACUGACAAUCUAAUGAAGGUCGCGGGAAGGCGGUGGAUGCGAGCAGCGCAGGAUCGAUGUCGUGAAUACCCAUGUGGGAGGCCUAUGAACAGCAGUGGGCGUCGAAAGAUGAUGAUAUUUCAUUUCGGAUUCAUCAAAACACUUUAUUCACGAAAAAUUCGGGUUAUCCGGAUUUUAACGGGACGAAUAAUUCGAAAACCGGAUUUCAAAAAAAAUCCCUAAUCAUCCCUAUUUUGGCGUUCAUGAUCUCAGAAUCUAACAUAAUAGGAAGUCAAAAUUAUUAAUAUAAUAUAACGCAAACAUAUGUAAAUGAAAUAUAAUUAAAAAAUAGCAAUAAUAAAGUGUUCCAGAAAAUGUAACUGAAGUAAACAAUACCAUAAUAGUUGGCUACC